CUAUUUCCAUACUCGUGUAUUACUACGGUCUUUUAAUCUGUAUCAGUACGAGUACGAUGUGGUCAACAGUCGAAUUCCUGUUUCUCUUGCAGCCAGGUUUCGUUCGGCACAGACAACGGCAGUGAGCUCACUCGGGCGCCAAAAACGACCAUCCAAUACUACAACUGGUUUAUUCCUCCCUUCCACCUAUGGCGGAUAUCGUCGAUUCAAUGCUUGACCUCAUGAGGCGGCUGCCUCCAACGCGUACAGAAGAAAACGUGUCGGCCUUGAUUGGGAUCUGCCCUGACUAUGCUGAUGAUUUGCUUGGGAGCGUCGACCAACCUUUGCAGCUCAAGGUCGAUCGUGCAACUGGGAGGGAAUAUUUAGCUUGCGAUUAUAACAGAGAUGGAGAAAGCUACAGAUCACCUUGGUCGAACGAGUACGAACCACCAUUGGAUGACGGCACUGUGCCAACACCUAAACUGCGCAAACUCGAGAUAUCUGCCAACGAGGCAUUUGACACAUAUCGUGAAAUGUACUACGAGGGCGGAGUUUCAUCCGUCUAUUUAUGGGACCUCGAGGACGGAGGGUUUGCUGGAGUGGUCCUGCUUAAGAAGACAAUGACACCCUCCUCUCCGAGCGAACCUUCUGGGUCCUGGGACUCUAUUCAUGUAUUUGAAACAUCGGAAAGAGGUCGGCAAGCACAUUACAAGCUUACAUCCACCAUCAUGCUGCAGUUGGUGACGAAGAAAGGUUCUGAUGGAGAGUGUGACGAUAACGGGAAGAACACAGGCGAGAAGAAAGGUUCUGAAGGAUGGAAACGGGAUGGAGAAGUAACUCUAAGUGGCAGCAUGACACGACAGACAGAACAGGACUGGCCAUUACCCGACACAGGCUCCCACAUAACUAAUACGGGAAAGAUGAUUGAAGAAAUGGAGAUCAAAAUGCGGAAUCUUCUUCAAGAGGUUUAUUUCGGAAAAACUCGUGAUAUCAUCUACGAUCUUCGAAGUAUUGAGGACUUAGAAAAGACUCGAAGACAACGGGAGCUUCAGAAGGAACUAGUGGGAUUCAUCAAACGGUAAUGACGGGCAUAAUGUGAAAACUUGACAGCACUUCACUUCGUAUCAGACUCAACCUCGUUGGAGUAUAAACAGACAGCAGCAUCAAAACAUAAACAUACUACGGACUCCGAGAGCUUCGCGUGUUGUCAAUUUCGAAAAAUGCAGGUUUAUUAGAACCGAGUACGACCUUUUAUUGUAUAUUUUAUUUUCUUUUGCACCGCUCUUUUCCCGCAUUAUUCGGAAAUUAGAAUGUUAGGUGGACUUGGGGUUCCCCAUAUCUAGAGCAGCUCGAGGAAUCCAGGUGGGUUAUUCACG